GCACAUCACUAUUUAUCUUCUGAGGUCAGCUGGGUCAGCUGGAUUGUUCAUCGAAAAAUAAAAUUUUAUAAGUAAAACCGGCUUCCACCCAGACACCACCAUGUUCUCCCGUGCACUGAAACCCGUCACCGUCGUGGUCGCGCAAAAUGGAAAGAACUUCUCCACCAGCUCCCAGAGGAACUUCAAAGUGGUGGUGGCGGGCGCGUCCGGCGGCAUCGGGCAGCCGCUGGCGCUGCUGCUGAAGCAGAACGCGUUGGUUUCGCACCUGGCGCUGUACGACAUCGCGCCCGUCACUCCCGGCGUGGCCGUGGACCUGUCGCACAUGAACACGCCCGCCAAGGUCACCGGACACAAGGGACCCGAGGAGCUGGCCAAUGCCAUCAAAGGUGCGGAUGUAGUGGUGAUCCCGGCGGGAGUGCCCCGCAAGCCGGGCAUGACUCGUGAUGACCUGUUCAACACCAACGCCUCCAUCGUGCGAGACCUGGCCGCCUGCGUCGCUCAGGUCGCCCCUAAAGCCAUCCUGGCCAUCAUCACCAACCCCGUCAACUCCAUGGUGCCCAUCGCUUCUGAGGUCAUGAAGAAGGCCGGCGUCCUCGACCCCAAGCGCAUCCUCGGAGUGACCACCCUGGACGUGGUCCGCUCCUGCCAGUUCAUUGGAGAGAUCAACGGCGUGGACCCUCGCUGCGUGGACAUCCCGCUCAUCGGCGGCCACAGCGGCGUCACCAUCAUCCCCGUGCUGUCGCAGAGCAAGCCCCCGGUCAAGCUGACUGACCAGAAGAAGAUUGAAGCGCUGACCCAGAGGAUCCAGGAGGCUGGUACUGAGGUGGUGAAGGCGAAGGCCGGCGGCGGCUCGGCCACGCUGUCCAUGGCGUUCGCCGGCGCGCGCCUCACUGACGCCGUGCUCAGAGGACUCAAGGGCGACGCCAACGUGGUGGAGUGUGCGUACGUGGCGUCCAACGUGACCGAGGCCCCGUACUUCGCCAACCCGCUGGUGCUGGGCAAGAGCGGCGUGGAGAAGAACCUCGGCUACGGAACCCUCAACCAGUACGAGCAGUGCCUGCUCAAGGCCGCCAUCCCCGAGCUGCUCAAGAACAUCAAGGUCGGAGUCGACUUCGCCAACAAGUAGAGGGUUAAUAGACAAGUGAAGACGGGAUUGGGCGGACUACCGGGCUUGGAGAAUUAGGGUUAAUGACGGCAGCUGGGCUGAUAAAGGUUGCAAAAACUGCGGUCCAGUUGCAGGGUUAACUCGGGUUUCCAGGUCGAAUGAAAAGUAUUAUGCGUAGUUGCUCGUUUUAGAAAUAAGCUGCAAGUAAGAAACGUCUCUCUGAUCCCGUGGUGAUAGAUGCCGUAAUAGUGAAUUAUUCAAUUUGUAAGUGUUAUUAUUUAUUUACCGCCAACAAUUAUGUCUAAAAUGUAAGCAUUUCGCAGUUUGAUAAAUAUGUAUUCAGAAAUAUUUCAAUAGUAUUCCGAACGAAUUUGCGAUUUCAAGUAUGAAUCGACCUACGAAUGGUGAAUGUAAAUAUUUUAUGUUUUGUUAUAAAUGUCUUAUUACCUUAGAAUGUAAUAAAAAUAUUAAUAACUA